AUGAAUAGUGAAAAGCAUAGUGGAAAUAGUCUCGUCCUGAUCUCUUUCCAUUUUUUCUAUCGCUAUUGUUUAAUCUGCAGAACUUCAUGGUUGAUUAUGUUCAAUCGAUGGAAAUAUUUGCCGAUUUGGGUGUCAAUCUGGGCAUUCAUGGGUCUCUGCUGUGCCUCAUUUCUUCAUUUCUUUAUGUAUCACACACCUGAAUUUCAGGCUUAUUUUCGAGAUAUUCUCUGGGAGACUUAUCAUUUCGAUGUGAACACGACGGCGAUUCUUGGACCUCUCUAUAAGCAAUGUCGGAGAAAUCCAGAAGAUUGCAAUACGAGUUCUUCAGAGCACUCCUUGUUCAGACGCUCAUUCCAACAAUCUUCGAGUACAUUCCAUUCGUUG